AUGCAUCCCAGUUCCGAGGAGGAGGAGGUGAAGAUACUCUGCUCCGUCGAAUUCACCACCACAAGCACCACUACCUCGUUGACAACUGCAGUUCCCGCCGCUGUUUCCGCCGCAGUUCCUGCCGCAAUAUUGGCCGUUAUCACCGCCAUGCUUACUUUCGCACGUGCAGUCGCUCGGCAGCGCAGCAGCAAAGGCGCAUGCCAUGAGACCGUCGCCGCCGCUGUGUCGCACAACGUUGCGACGCUCUUGUCAGUUCCCGCGCAGACGUCCUCCAAUGAGAUCAGCCCAAAUCACAUCUCUCAUGCCACGUCAUCUACAUCCGUAGGCGCAUCUCCUGCCACCGUAACGUCUCCUGAAACCGCGGCAGCAGAUCUGACGGUCUUGAUCAGUCCCAACGCGCGAUCCACGGUGCAGCGGCUUAUCAGCGGCCACGCAGCGGCUGUUGCUCCGCGAUCGGCGGCGGCGGAAGGCGGGCUGCUUUGGCAACAGCUGGCAACGGGUCCGCUGAGCCGCGGCGGGCUGGCGCAAAGCGUGCGCCACGCGCGGGUCACCGGGUCAGAGGUGAAAGUGGGCAGCGUCAUAGAGCGAAAAGGCAGAUACUUCCAGGUUGUGAAGACGCAGCACACACAGCAAGGCCGUGGCGGCGCCACCAUUCAGGUGGAGCUGCGGGACGUGCAGACGGGCCUCAAGAGCAACGAGAAGCUACGCACCUCCGAGCACAUUGACUUGGUGUUCUCGGAUGACAAGCCAUUUGUCUUCCUCUACGUGGACGAGGGCAACGCGUGCCUCAUGGAGAAGCAAACCUUUGAGCAGAUCUCGCUGCCCAUUUCAAUGUUUGGCGACGCGGCACCCUUGUUGCAAGACGGCAUGGAGGUGGUGGUGCAUCUGUUCAACGGCAAGGCCCUCUCCGCAUCGCUGCCGGCCAGAGUGUCCGAUGUUGUGGACGAGGCAGAGCCUUUCUUUAAGGGGCAGACUGCUGCUCCCUCGUACAAGAAGGUCAAGUUGAGAUCAGGGAUCACGGUUCAGGUGCCGUCGUUUGUGGUGGCAGGGGAUGAAAUCAUAGUGCAGACGUCAGACCUCACUUAUGUCACCCGGGUAAAAGGAGCAAAGGAAUAG